AACAAUAAUAACACGACCUCUCCUACGCGCUAUCAUCAUCAUCAUCGCGCGUAUUCGCGUUGUUGUUAAAAAAAAAAAAUGUUUUAAAGUGGGGUUUAUAAGAAGAGUAAUUUUCAGACAAGCACUUUUAUACCUCGUUCUUGUCAAGACACACACGAAACGUGUUUUAACAAAUAUACAUAAAAUAGUUAAAUAAAAGUGUGUGUGUUUGUGUCUGUGGAUGUUAACAUCAGCUCAGAAAUUUCUCAACGCGUCUAUCAUUAUUUUAUUAUUAUUAUUUUCACUAUUUACAAUAAACAAUUAUUAAAAAAUUAAUUAACCAAUGAGUAUUUAUUAUUUUUACUCAUAAAAUAUUAUUAUUAUUAUUAUUUUACACUAGAUUUAUAACGGUGUAUAUAAAAAAAAUAUUUUAGAAAAAAAAAAAAAAAAAUUUAUUUAUUUAUUAUUUUACGUUAUCAAAGUGUGAUAAAAAAUUUAAAAAAAAAGUUUAUUGUUAAGCUUGAAUAAUCGUUUUUUUUGAAAAUAUUAUUUUUUUUUUUUAAAUUACAUGUAAAAAUAAAAAUUCAAUUGACUGAAGUUUCAACACGUCUGUGAAUUGCCAACGGGUUCGAUCGAGCCCAGACAAAGAAACUGUUGUUGUUUUUUUUUUUUUUUUAUUUAUAAUUUUAUUUUCUGUAUAAAAGUGUCUAUAUUUUAUGAUAAAUAAUUUAUUUGAUAAAUAAUAUUUAUUAGUUUAAAUAUUGCUUUGUUAUAUAUAUUUUUUUUUUGGUGAAUUUUGGGUGAUUUUAUUUGGAGGACUUGUGGUAUUUAUUUUCCACAGUCCAUGUAUAAGCCUAGGCAAAUACCCUCGGAGAUUACACCACGUACAGAACCGUGGAAUCUCCUAGUGCACAAUGCCGCCAGGGAUGGUAAAUUACAAAGACUCAGGGUGUUUUUAGAACACAGAGAUAAACAUGAAGUAGGACAACUUGUUAGUGCCAAAACCCAUGGAGCAACACCAUUGGUAAUGGCAUGUAGAAAUGGUCAUUAUGAUGUUGCUGAAUAUCUUAUUGAAAAAUGUGGUGCUGAUAUUGAACAACCAGGUUCAGUUGUAUUUGACGGUGAAACAAUUGAAGGAGCUCCACCCCUUUGGUGUGCAGCAGCAGCUGGACAUUUAUCAAUUGUCCGAUUAUUAGUUAGACGUGGUGCUAAAUUAAAUUCAACAACAAUGACAAAUUCAACACCUUUACGUGCAGCAUGUUUUGAUGGACACUUUGAAAUUGUUAAAUAUCUUGUACAAAAUGGUGCACAUAUUGAAGCAGUUAAUCGUCAUGGUCAUACAUGUUUAAUGAUAGCAUGUUAUCGUGGACAUGUUAAAAUAGCAAAAUUUUUACUUGCAUUAAAAGCUGAUCCAAAUCGUAAAUCAGUAAAAGGUAAUACAGCACUUCAUGAUUGUGCUGAAAGUGGUUCACUUGAAAUAUUAAAAAUAUUAUUAGAACAUGGUGCUAAAAUGGAUGUUGAUUCAUAUGGUAUGACACCAUUAUUAGCAGCAGCUGUUGCUGGACAUACACAUAUUGUUGAGCAUUUAAUUGAAAAAAAUAAUUUAGUUACAAGAAAAGAACGUAUUGAUGCAUUAGAAUUAUUAGGUGCAACAUAUGUUGAUAAAAAACGUGAUAUGAUAUUGGCAUUAGAAUUUUGGAAACGUGCUAUGGAAGAUAGAUAUAAUAAUAAUAAUAAUAAUAACAUUAAUAAUAACAAUAAUGAUGAUGAUGAUGAUAAUAUUAUUAUUGAAAAACCAAAAAAAUUAACAAUUGUUGCUGCAUAUGAUUAUGCUAAAGAAGUUAUUGAUAUUGAUGAACUUGAUGAAUUACUUGCUGAUCCAGAUGGCAUGAGAAUGCAAGCAUUAGUUAUUAGAGAAAGAAUAUUAGGACCAGCACAUCCAGAUACAAGUUAUUAUAUUAGAUAUCGUGGUGCAAUUUAUGCUGAUGCUGGUAAAUUUGAUAGAUGUAUUGAAUUAUGGAAUUAUGCAUUAGAUAUGCAACAAAGUAUGCUUGAACCAUUAAAUCCAAUGACACAAUCUUCAUUAUUUAGUUUUAUUGAAUUAUUUAGUUUUAUGGUUGGUGAAGAAGGUAGACAAACUGGUAGAGGACGUAGAAUACCACCUGUACAACGUGAUGAUCUUAUGAGAGUAUUUAAAAAAUCUAUAAUGGAAGUUAAAUUGGGUAAACAAAUGGUUGAUGAUGGACCAGUAUCAGAAAGUGAUUUGACAAAUUUAAAUAGAAUACUUGUAAUUGCAUUACAUCUUGCUUGUUUAUUAACAAGAAAUACACCAACACGUGAUAGCGAAGAGUAUAUUGAUCUUCAUCGUGCAUUACAUGAACUUGUACGAAUAAAUGCCAAGGAUAAAGAGGGAAGAGAUGUUUUACAAAUGACUCAUAAUGCUGAUGCUGCAACUGUUGAUACUAGUAGUUAUGCAGCAUGUAAAUUAACAUCACCAAAAUUAACAAGUGCAUUAUUAGAAGCUGGUGCAAAUCCAAAUUUAACUGAUUAUGAUGGUAAUACUGCACUUCAUUUAAGUGCUAUUUCACAUCCAUGUAGAACUGAUCUUGCUAAAAUAUUAUUGGAUAAUGGCGCUCAUAUUGAUACGGUUAAUAAGAAAAAUCAAAAUUUUGAAAGUUUAUUAAAUAAUAAACAACGUUUUGAUUCAAUUAAUCCAAUUAAAUAUACAAGUCUUAUGUGUUUAGCUGCUCGUGUUAUUGUUAAAUCUAAAAUUAAUAUCAACAGGGUACCUCGACAUCUUCGGGUUUUUGUUCUUCAGCAUUAGUCAAUUUUAUUUAGUUAAAAUUAUCCAUUUUUUUUUUUUUUUUUUCUUUCAUUAACACGAUAAAUAUUAUUAUAUUCUAGUCCGGCUAUUAUUUUAAUUUUUUUUGUGCUGAAAUUUUAAUAAAAACUUAUACAAUUAUUUUUACAAUGAAAAUUCAUUUAAAUAAUGAAAAAAAAAAAAUUAUCAAUAAAAAGCUAAAUGUGUAUUUUUGUUUUUUAAAAUAUUUAUUUAAAAAUAAUAAUAAAUUUUUUAAUAAUUUUAUUUUAUGGCCGGAAAUGCAAAAAAAAAAAAUAUGAAUAAAUUUUAUUUUUAAUUUUUCAUUUUAUAUGAUUAUUUAAGAAGCUUAUCCAAGCUUUUGUGUGUAGAACUGAUUUAAUGUGGAUUGUGAUAAACAUAGUUAUUAUAUUUAUUAAUAAAAUUAAUAAAAAUAAACGUCAGAUAAAUUAAAAUUAUAAAUUAAAUUCACACAGUUACGCACGAGAGAGCUUUUGAUGAUUUGUUGAAAUUUACUUAACAAAUGCACAUUAUUUCAUUUUAUAACUUUAGAAAGCAAUUAAUAAUUAAUUAAUUAAAUAAUAAGAUAACAUAAAAGAAAAACAAACUAAUUAUUUAUUAAAAAUGAUGGUGAAAUAAUAAUAAUAACAAUAAAUAUACUUGAAAAAUUCCUUUUGUUUUUUUUUUCACAAUUAUUAUCAUGAAAUUGUUAACUAACCAGCUAUUUAGUUUUUGUAAUUGAUUAUUGUACAGGCUGUGGAAAUACAGAUGUGUGUGUUGUCGAAUAAAAAAAAAAAGGAAUAAAAUUAAUAUGAAAAAAAAUU